GGGAGCGCAGGGUCGGAGCCGUGACCAUGGCGGCGGCGGCGCUUCUGCUGGGCCUGGCGCUGGCGGCGCAGCGGGCGGGCGCGGGCAUGGGCGCGUGUUACGACGGCGCGGGGCGCCCGCAGCGCUGCCUGCCGGUGUUCGAGAACGCGGCGUUCGGGCGGCGCGCGGAGGCCUCGCACACGUGCGGCAGCCCGCCCGAGGACUUCUGCCCGCACGUGGGCGCCCGGCGCGCAGGGGCGCAGUGCCAGCGCUGCGACGCCGCGGACCCCCGGCUCCACCACAACGCCUCCUACCUCACCGACUUCCACAGCCAGGACGAGAGCACCUGGUGGCAGAGCCCGUCCAUGGCCUUCGGCGUGCAGUACCCCAACUCCGUCAACAUCACCCUGCGGCUGGGGAAGGCCUACGAGAUCACCUACGUGCGGCUCAAGUUCCACACCAGCCGGCCUGAGAGCUUCGCCAUCUACAAGCGCAGCCGGGCGGGGGGCCCCUGGGAGCCCUACCAGUACUACAGCGCCUCCUGCCUGAGGACCUACGGCCGGCCCGAGGGCCACCACCUGCGGCCCGGCGAGGACGAGCGCCUGGCCUUCUGCACCUCCGAGUUCAGCGACAUCUCCCCGCUGAGCGGGGGCAACGUGGCCUUCUCCACCCUGGAGGGCCGGCCCAGCGCCUACAACUUCGAGGAGAGCCCCGGGCUGCAGGAGUGGGUCACCAGCACUGAGCUGCUCGUCUCUCUUGAUCGGCUCAACACGUUUGGGGACGAUAUCUUCAAGGACCCCAAGGUGCUCCAGUCCUACUACUACGCCGUGUCGGACUUCUCCGUGGGCGGCAGGUGCAAGUGUCAUGGCCACGCCAACUCCUGUGGCCCCGAUGAGGCGGGCAGGCUGGCCUGCAGGUGCCAGCACAACACCACGGGCAUAGACUGCGAGCGCUGCCUGCCCUUCUUCCAGGACCGGCCCUGGGCCCGCGGUACAGCCGAAGCCGCCAACGAGUGUCUGCCCUGCAACUGCAGCGGCCGCUCCGAGGAAUGCACCUUUGACCGGGAGCUUUUCCGCAGCACGGGCCACGGUGGGCGCUGUCACCACUGCCGUGACCAGACUGCUGGGCCGCACUGUGAGCGUUGUGAGGAGAACUUCUACCACUGGGACCAGAGGAAACCUUGCCAGCCCUGCGACUGCCACCCGGCAGGUUCCCUGCGCCUCCAGUGCGAUGAUGUGGGCACCUGCGCCUGCAAGCCCACCGUGACAGGCUGGAAGUGUGAUCGCUGCCUGCCCGGGUUCCACUCGCUGAGCGAGGGUGGCUGCAGACCCUGUACCUGCAAUGCUGCUGGCAGCCUGGGCACCUGUGACCCCCGCAGUGGGCGCUGCCCCUGCAAAGGGAACGUGGAGGGAGACCAGUGUGACAGGUGUCGCCCAGGGACAUUCAACCUGCAGCCCCACAACCCACUGGGCUGCAGCAGCUGCUUCUGCUAUGGCCACUCCAAGGUGUGUGGGGCCGCUGCCGGGUUCCAGGAGCACCACCUCCUCUCCGACUUCCGCCAGGGACCUGGAGGCUGGUGGGUCAGGAGCAAGAGAGGCUCGGAGCGUCCCCCACGAUGGAACCCGCGUGGGAUCAUCCUCUUGGGCUCAGAAGACGAGGAGGCGCUCACAGCACCAGAGCAGUUCCUGGGUGACCAGCGCUUCAGCUAUGGACAGCCCCUCACGCUGACCUUCCGUGUCCCCCGUGGUGGCUCUGUGCCCCUGGUGCAGCUGAGACUGGAAGGAGCGGGCUUGGCCCUGGCUCUGAGGCACUCCAGUCUGUCGGGUCCCCAGGACGCUGGGCAGCCGGGGCAGGCACAGCUCAGGUUCCUCUUGCAGGAGACCUCUGAGGACACCGAGCCCCCGCUGCCUGCCUUCCACUUCCAGCGUCUCCUCGCCAACCUGACCGCUCUGAGUAUCCAGGCUAGUGGACGAGGCCCAGGCCCUUCUGGCCAGGUGCUCCUGAGUGAGGUCCGGCUCACAUCGGCCCGGCCCCAGAGGGGACUCUCCCCUUCAGCCUCCUGGGUGGAGACCUGCUCGUGUCCCCGAGGCUACACAGGCCAGUUCUGUGAAUCCUGUGCUCCAGGAUACAAAAGGGACACGCCACAGGGGGGUCCCUAUGCCAGCUGCGUCCCCUGCACCUGUAACCAGCAUGGCACCUGUGACCCCAACACAGGGAUCUGCCUGUGUGGCCACCACACCGAGGGCCCGUCCUGUGAGCGCUGCUUGCCCGGUUUCUAUGGCAACGCCUUCGCAGGGCAAGCUGAUGACUGCCAGCCCUGUCCCUGCCCUGGACAGUCGCCCUGCACCAUUGUCCCAGAGAGUGGGGAGGUGGUGUGUACCCACUGUCCCCCACACCAGAGAGGGCAGCUCUGUGGUAGCUGUGAUGACGGCUUUUUUGGGGACCCACUGGGGCUCUCUGGGGCCCCCCAGCCCUGCCGCCCGUGCCAGUGCAGUGGGAACGUGGACCCCAACGCGGUGGGCAACUGCGACCCGCUGUCCGGCCGCUGCCUGCGCUGCCUGCACAACACGACGGGGGACUACUGUGAGCGCUGUCAGGGGGGCUUCUACGGGAGCGCCCUGGCCCCUCGGCCUGCCGCCAGGUGCACGCCCUGCAACUGCAACCCUGGGGGAGUGGACAGUGGGCAGACGCCCUGCGACCCAGUGACUGGCCAGUGCUCCUGCCUGCCUCAUGUGACCGGGAGGGACUGCAGCCAUUGCAGCCCUGGCUUCUACAACCUCCAGCCAGGGAGGGGCUGUCAGAGCUGCAAGUGUCACCCACUGGGGUCCCGGGAGGACCAGUGCCAUCCCAAGACUGGGCAGUGCCCCUGCCACCCCGGUGUCACAGGGCAGGCCUGCGACAGAUGCCAGCAGGGUUUCUUUGGCUUCUCCGUCAAGGGCUGCCGGGCCUGCAGGUGCUCCCCGGUGGGCUCCAGCUCAGCCCAGUGCCACGAGAACAGCACCUGUGUGUGCAGACCCGGCUUCGUGGGCUACAAGUGCGACCGCUGCCAAGAAAACUUCUUCCUCGCGGCGGACGGCACACGCUGCGAGGAGUGCCCCACCUGCUACGCCCUGGUCAAGGGGGAGGUGGCCAAACUGAAGGCCAGGCUGACCUUAAUGGAUGGAUGGCUGCAGGGCUCCAACUGUGGCCCCUGGGGGCCACUAGACAUUCUGCAGGGAGAAGCCCCACGUGGAGACAUCUACCAGGGCCACCACCUUCUGCACGGGGCCCGGGAAGCCUUCCUGGAGCAGAUGACAGGCCUCGAAGGUGCUGUGAAGGCCGCGCGGGAGCAGCUGCGGGUGCUAAGCAGGAGCGCCCGCUGCAGCCAGGCCAGGACCCAGAAGACCUGCAUCCAGCUGGCCGACCUGGGGGCAGCCCUAGAGUCCUCAGAAGAGGAGAUUCUGCACACAGCCUCUGUUCUUACCUCUCUGGUGAUUGUGCAGGAGGGGCCCGGCCAGCCCACCAACUGGACUCAUCUGGCCACAGAGGCCCGCGCCCUCUCCAGGAGCCACAGGGACACUGCUGCCAAGAUCGAAGCCGCUGCAAGGCGUGCCCUGCUCGCCUCCAACACAAGCUACGUGCUGCUCCAGAGUCUGGUGGAUGGUAGAGUGGCCCUGGAGACCCAGCGGGAACUGGAGGACAGGUACCAGGAGGUCCAGGAAGCCCAGAAGGCACUGGGCACGGCUGUGGCAGAGGCACUGCCCAAAGCUGAGAAGGCGCUGGCCGCCAUGCAGCACGUCGUUAAUGAUGCAGCCCCGCACGGGGCCUUGCUGGCCAUCCCUGCAGCACCGGUCAGCUCAGUCAUCGUCGAAGCUCUGCAUGGGCCUCUGAAGUCCCAAGCUGGGGACCUGGACUCCAAAGCGCAAGUCCUGGAGAAGACAGUUGCAUCAAGAGACCGUGUGGCCACCGAGGCUGUCGGCACCCUCCGGGCCGCUGCCCAGGCAGCGCUGCAGAAGACAGAGCCCCUCACGCAGCUGCGCCAGGAGGCCACAGCUGCUCUGGCCCGAGCUUCCUCGUCUGUCCAGGCUGCCACAGUGACCGUCACAGGAGCCAAGACCCUGCUGGCUGACCUGGAAGGGAUGAAGGCGCAGUUUCCUCGGCCCAAGGACCAGGCCGCCCUGCAGAGGAAGGCGGGUGUCACCCGGGACAGGCUCCUUGCAGACGCGGAGAAGAAGACCAAGCAAGCAGAGAGGAUGCUGGGAAAUGCCGCUUCUCUCUCCUCCAGCGCCAGGAAGAAGAACAGAGAAGCAGAGCUGUCAGCCAAGGACAAUGCCCAGCUCGCCAGGACCUUGCUGAGGGAGGGGAAGCAGGGCCACCGCCGUGCCAGCCGGCUCGCCAGCCAGACACAGGCCACCCUCCGUCAGGCCUCCCAGCUGGCGCUGACCUCUGGAGCACGCAGUCGGGAGCUGAGGGGAGCUGAGCUGGUGGGUGCCGGGCUGAGCACAGUGGAGCGGCACAUCCGGGAAUCUCGCAUCUCCCUGGAGAAGGACAUCAAGGCCUUGUCGGAGCUACUCGCCAGGCUGGGGUCACUGGAUGCCCAUCAGGCCCCAUCCCAGGCCCUGAAUGAGACCCAGUGGGCACUGGAAGGUCUGAGACGACAGCUAGGCUCACGGGGAGCCCUGCAGCGGAAACUGAGGCUGCUGGAGCAGGAGUCGGAGCAGCAGGAACUGCAGAUUCAGGGCUUCGAGAACGACCUCGCUGAGAUCCGCGCAGACAAGCAGAACUUGGAGGCCAUUCUGCACAGCCUGCCCAAACACUGUGCCAGUUGGCAGUGAGGCCCCUAGGUCCCAGCACACACUCCCCACCUCCUGUUUGCUGGCUUGGGCACACACACCCCUCCACAGGUGUGCCCACACAGGCGUACCACCAAAACAGGGGGCCGUGUGCCCCAUGUGAAUACCAUCCUCCCUCCCUGGUGGGUUUGGGUCUUCCUCUUCCUGGAAGUAGUGAGGACCCAUUCACAAGUGGCCCCGUGUGUAAGGCCCUGCUGGGACAUCUUCCCUGCACAUUUGUGUAAGACACACACACGCAUUUAGUCUCCUGGUGCCCGAUCACGCUGCGUGCACACAGGACAGUCAGUCCUCUGUUGCGGUGAGAGCCGCCUUGUGUGGGCGCCCUCUGCAGGUCGGGGCAGCUUGUGCAAAUUUCCUGCAGUGCUAAGGCUUCCAAGCUCCAGAGAGCAGGGGCCCAAGUAGUACUGGCACCUGGGAAGAUGAGAGGGACUGCAACGAGCUAGACCCAAGGCCCAGGGUCCCCUGAGGUCACAGCACGGUCUGCUAAUCCAGCAGGACAAGUCCCACUGCUGACAGGGACAUCCUUGUCUUUCUGGACACUUCCCUUCCAGGGUCUGGGUCUGCCCCAGACUCAGCUGCAGGUAUCCUGGGCCCUGGUCCCCUUUCAGCCUGUGAUCUGUCCAGAAAGCCAGGCCCUCAAGGGUCCAAUGGGACCUGGAUCAUAGGGCCUUAGGCCACUGGGAACACCCCUUUGUGUCCCUGCUGACCGGGUUAACUUUGAUUGACACUUCCUAAACUGGCCCUGCAGCUCUGUCUACCACCUGCGGGUGUGGAACCCUGGCCACCAUUCCAGUCUGUCCUGCCUGGGAGCCCUCCUGUGGCCAGGCCCUGGGGCCUCUGGCCUCCCGGCAUUUCCUCCUGGCAUUCCUCCGCCCUCUCCUGGGCCCUCUUCCAGAAGUCAGCAGGGCCUUGGCACAGUGGUGACUUGUGCCCUCCUCCCUCUGCUUCCCGUGCCCCUCACCCUGUCAAGGGAAACGUGUGGCAACGUGGACCUAUUUAUGAGGAAAUAAAGGACCCUUUCCCCA